CGCUUAUUACAUACCAUUAGACUGAAACUAUAUUCCAGUUAUCCAGAUCUAACAUGCAAUGUAAUGUACACAUUACAUGAUUAUUUACAGUAAGACGAUCAAACCACAUUCAACAUUCCUAUCCUGGCCAAGAGAAAAAAGAAAUAUGUACUUGUGCAGAUCGAGCUGAGAGUUUCAUGCAAUUUUAGUUUUGACAUUGGCUUUUCAACGUGCACAAUAUAUUUUUUUACAUCAUUGCUGACUUGCAAAUAUAUGGAUCAUCUUCUUGUUCGUUAGUUAUAUUUAAUUUAGUCCGUUUAAUCCCUGUGUAGAUCUUAUUAUUAUUCAGCUGAUUAAUAAUAGAAUGUGGCAAUUGACAAUCUGCUUCCUGUGCUUUUUUCUGGUUUGUUCAGAAAUGGAUUUCUCCUUAGGUGACAAUGGCCAUGUCGAAAAACGGACCGCGUUUUCUAAACGUUUCUUUUGGAGUGGCGGAAGUGGAAGUUCAGAAUUGGAACAAUUGGUGAAUUUGAUUGUUCAGCGUCUUUUGUUGGCAGAUAAGGUGGCAGUAUCCAAGUGGGACAGUAAGCAACCGAUUGAAGAUCUGCCAAGAGAACAAAUAAUUCUUCAACGGGUAGUGGAACAAGCACAGAAUUCUGGAUUGGAUCCGACGUGGGCUCGAUUAUUCUUUAUCGACCAAAUUGAGGCAAAUAAGGAUAUUCAAACUGGACUUCAUAAACGCUGGGCAGCAAGAGGUGGUCGACCGACUGGUCCAGGAGUGAAUCUGGAUUCUGAAGUCCGGCCUAAGAUUGACGUAAUCAACGCAUCAUUGAUGACUUUGAGCAAAGCCACAAAGUCAGAACGGAGCCUAAGGUCUUGUAAAAUAGCAACAGGAGAAAUUACACGCUUGUUGGCAUUUCAUCGAUACAAAUUGAGCUAUCUACACCGUCAAGCAUUGCGGCGUGCAUAUCUGUGUUUGAAACGAUCAAGAGAAACAAUAUUUCAUGAUUUUCAUGGGGUGUAGGUUAAAUUCUCGAGCCAGUAUUUCAUUAAAAGUUCCUUUGCACUACUAAAUAUAUUUACAUAUUCACAUAUUCACAUUCAAUUAAUCGUAAGAUUGGAAUAAAUAUACAAUAAUAUAUAUUUGCGCAUGCAAUUUGCUGUUGAUUUUUGACGGUAUAUGUAUGUAUUAGUAAACUUGAGGCAAAGAAGACGCGUUUUCUUGAUCAACGACGACCUUUUAGGUUUGUAGUUUUCUCAUGCACAAUGUAUUGUGUGGGGCUAUCCUUAAUAACGUAACGUUGAAUAAUUUGGGCAACAUGGGAAGUUCUAAAUGUUCGAAUACUAUACUUCAUGGUUCGUGAGUGUUGAAAAUUUCAUGAAAUUCCAACCCGCAAAUACUUAGAAAUAAUGAUAUUAUGGUAGUGAGAUGAUUUUUUACAAUAGUUACAUUUUCGUGUAAGUUAUAUGAACCUUCACGACAUAUGCACGCUGAAGUAGAAUUUGUUGCGUGCGUUUCUAAAAAAAAUAAGUAAAUAGGAUCCCAGUCACACCCAUUACAAUUAUGUAAUGAAUAUUCUGAAUUAAAUAAAUACAGACAAUUUAGGACAUACUAAU